ACGGUAGUGCAUUUUAAUCAUCUAAAAGCAGGCUAUACCGGACAACGUCUCCUGCAUCCGCGGGCGGAGACUAGAAGUCUUAGUCGGCAAUCCAAGUGCCGUAGAAGGCUUUUGUUGCGAGGUUGUACGUUUCCCCUUGGUCAGUUCGCUCACCCCCCCUUCCCUUUGAUCAGACCCUCUCCGAGUCCUAGCCACACUGUCACCGUCAACCUGGUCCCUUCACACCUUCUUCACCGUCAUCUUGGUUACUAAGAUCUUACCUACACCCUCACGAUCCUUAACCCUCUUUUACGGACUAAACGCGCCGCCCAUCGAGCAGCUUGAUCCCCAAGACUCUCCCUAACCCUUGCCCUACUACCCGUGAUUGGACACAACACGGUUCGAUUCCCUCAACGCCACAGGAGUCAGCAUACAUCUCUCAUUAUAAUCUGCAGACCGCUUGACCUAGUUGACCGGUGGUAAGCAGCAUCGCAAGGGAGGCGAGUUAGGAGGAGACCUUUGCUUUGACACGG